AUGAGUAUUGAAAAGAAAUCGUUUAACCUUAUUAUCGGUGUCGCUGGCAGUGUAGCCGCAAUUAAAUUACCUGUUUUAGAGCAGAGCUUGCUGGAAUUGAAUGAAACAAAUACAAGAUAUAACAUAAAGAUUCACAUUGUACCCACAGAACAUUCCAAACAUUUCUUUGAAAUUGAUAAAAUUAAAAGUAAAAUAUACGAUGAUGAAUAUGAAUGGAAGUCAUGGCAAAAACGAGGGGAUCCUGUGAUACAUAUUGAGUUAGGCAAACUCGCUGAUAUGAUGGUGGUUGCUCCAAUAGAUGCUAACACUUUAGCAAAAGUUUCUACAGGUAUUUGUGACAAUAUUCUUACCUGUACAAUGCGCGCUUGGGACAUUUCGAAACCGUUGCUAUUCUGCCCCGCCAUGAACACUAGAAUGUGGGAACAUCCUAUAACAGCAAUGCAGAUAGCAACUUUGAAGAGUUGGGGAUAUAAGGAAAUACCACCAAUUAGUAAAACCUUAAUGUGUGGUGAUGUGGGUGUUGGAGCAAUGGCAGAAGUAUCCACAAUUGUAGAAGCAAUUAAGAAUAUAGCCGAUAGGUUGUGUACGGAUUAA